UCCGACUCCAUUUUUUUGUCCAACUUUACAACAAAUCACUGACUGAAACUCAGACCAAAUCUCCGCGAGCAUAAAAUCAGACAAGAUCAGAUCCUGCUGACUCAUCAUCAUCCUAAUAAUUCAUCACCAUCAUCAUCAUUACUAGCUGGAAAAGUCUUAUGUAAAAAAUAAUUAAACGUAAAGAAAACUAUACAGGUUUUACAUGGCUGAUUUUCCAGAGAAGAGAAGAAAGCGUCGUAAAGAGGUGAGAGUAGUUAGUAAUGAAGAAAACAUGGAGAAGAUAAUGCAUAGAGAAGUUGAGAAACAAAGGAGACAAGAAAUGGCUUCUCUUUACGCAUCUCUUCGCUCUCUUCUCCCGCUUGAGUUCAUCCAGGGAAAGCGUUCUACAUCAGAUCAGUUAAACGAGGCGGUGAAUUACAUAAAUUAUCUUCAGAGGAACAUCAAGGACAUGAGUUCCAAGAGGGAUGACCUCAUGUUAUCGUCUAGACAAAGCUUUGGUAGUACAAAUGAAAAAUUUAUGAAUGAUUAUUCCAAUCAUGUCGUGAUUCGUCCGUGUUUGGUCGGCGUAGAAAUCGUUUUCAGCGGUCUGCUUACGCCUUUGUCAAGCGUGCUGCAAGUGAUUUCUGAACAUGGUCUAUGUGUUCUUGGUUGCACCUCCUCCAAUGUGAAUGGCAGAAUCAUUCACACUUUACAAGCUGAGGUCAACGAUCUGGCUUUAGCUGACUUUGCAGACCUUAAGGAUGCACUGACCCUAAUGAAGUAAACGUUUCCUUGGUAGAUUUUUAACUUCUCGAACCCAAAAUGAUGUAUAUAGUUUCUUUGCACUUGAACUGUUUACUUGGGUGUAUCUGUGCAUGUUUUGCCGAUUGUUAAAAGAAAUAAUGGAUUUCCCUACUUAAAAAAACUACGAAAGAUAUAUAUCUUGUUGGAAAAUAUAUAAGAGUUGGGAUCACACCAUUUUAAAACCUUUUUAUCUUGGACUAGUGAAGGGAAAUUUCUUUAUUUGGCAGUCGCAAAGAGACUAUUUCUUUCUUUUUUUUUGUCGCGUGGAGAAAUCUCACCCAGGAAUCCCUGAAGGCGGAGUCGAACCCCGGUGCCUUAGGUACCACUUAGCCACUAGGCUAAGGCUGACCCGGCAU